AAUACAUCGUGCAUGAGAAACGAGUACAUAUACCAGAGUUAGUAACACUGAACGCGCAUUGUUUUGCGCUGUAUAUAAUCGGGAUACGUCACGGUGCAUCGCAGUCGCGAAUGUAGUCGCAAGUGUAGUUAAGUGAGAUGCAACGCGAGACGAAGCGAGGCGACCAUCCCGUUGUUUCGUCCACUUCAUGACAUGGAAGCUACGCCAGCGACAUAACCGUGACAAUGUACUGUACACUCGGGAGAUGUUUUUGCAGGAAGGAUGCGGUAAGACGCUUAAGCACCGGCGAAAUCGCCACUGCGCUGAGGCCGUUUUAUUUCACCGUUCACCCUGACCUGUUUGGUCAAUAUCCCACACAGAGAACAGUAAAUGAGAACUCUCUGAAACAAUUAAGUUCAAUCUUAGAAACACUUCAACAAAAACAACCCAUACGGCCAACUAUUUUGCCUUUUUAUUUACGCUCAAAAGAUGAGAAAGAAGUGAAGGCUGGUAAAUUUACGCUUGUGAAGAUACAAUUGAAGGAAAGAGAUCUGAGGCAAGCCAUACUUUCUAUCUUGAAAACAUGUGACUUACCCACCACAUUCAUUGACAAGAUCGAGGAGCAAAAGCCUCCAGUUACAAAGUACAAAUCAAGAUUCUGGCAACGUACACAUUUUGGAGAAAGAUUGGACUUUUCAGAAUUGGAAGAUGAUCCUGUUUAUGCUUCAAUUAUUAUGAAACAGAAAAUCAAUAUAGAACCAGACACGUUAAAAGCAUACUUGGACAAACACAUAAACGAGGCGCACGUUAAACUGGAGGCAUGUAGGCCAAUGAGAGAAGAGGUAGAGAAACUACAAAAAGUGCUAUGCAAUGAUUUGGGACUAAAGAAUAUCAUCUGGGACUGUGGCUGGAAUAUUGCUCACUAUCGUGGUUGUUUGCUAGCUUUCCAAGCCUUGGCCAAACAUCACCCAGAACCAAUGGAGGUGCUGAGAAAUCGAACUCUCGUAUUUGCAAACGAUACCGGUAUCAGUCUGGAAGGCAAUGUUAUGCUGAAUUCCGGCGAAGUCAGACACAAUUGGCUCGAUCUGAUAAAGAACGUAAGAAAGCACGACCUUGUGUUAUUGAAAUUACCAGGAUUUGAAAAGGCAGUAUCCCAAGUGCUCCUUGACAUUAAAGUCGGUCGACGGAAAUUCAUGCCUAAAGUAAUGGUCGGCCAGUAUGAGCAACAGCUCCGACAGCUUACGACUACACUCUCAGAUUACCGUGGCAAGAGAAAGUAUCCGAGUUCUUGGCCGGCCAGUUUAUCGGCCUAUGAGAUUGUCAUAGAAGCUGAAGCGGGUCCUCUGAUGUUGUCGCCGACUGGACAAUUUAUUGUGCCAUCGUCGUGUCCAAGCUUUCUCUUAGUGAACUUCAUUACUGAGAAUUUAGAGGAAGCCACGAAGAAAUUACAGCAUUAUAAUAACAUAAAACAUGUUGAACGGGAGCUUCAUCGUAAAACCAUCAGAGAACUAGGUUUAGCUGCUCUCAAUAAAGAUGACAGCAUUACGCCGGAUCUAAUGAUACAAUGUUGCGAGCGACUACUUCUGCACAAAAGGGAACUGACACCGUCCUUGGAAGGUGUUAUGCUUUGGGUUACCCAUUAUUACUCAGUCAUGAGCGACGGUGUUCUCUGCGUGCCAUGGGACUGGAAAUUUUAAUUUUUUCAAAGAAAAAGAAAUACAUUAAUAAUGAUUAUAAAGCAAUUAGAACAUAAGAUUAUCGCCAUGAAUCGUGACAAUGCAAAUAUUUUAUAAGUUUCAAUUUUCAAGAUAACUAUAAAUGAUAUAGCAAUUAUAAUUAAUAUAUAGGCGUAGUGCAGUCUCUGCACAAAAACUGAAACGUGAGAACUGAUAACACAAUUACAGUCAAAGCAUUAAUCAUUAAGGGUGGAUUAUUAUCUGAAUAUGUAUCAUAUAUUGCAACACUUUUGUGCACAAAUAUGUUACACACAAAAUUCAUUACACAUCUUGAGUUUGCUAAUUUGUAAUUAUUAAUAUUUUCAAUUUAAAGAUAGUAAAAAACGAGUUUCUAUGCGAACAAUUCUUAUGCGUAAUUAAAAUGAGAAUAUAAGAACUGAUGUAACGACUAUGUGAUAUGUUAAAAAGCAAAGUUACUAGUCUUAAUACGAUUUGCGUAAGUCUUAGUUCGCAGUACAACUCAUAAUACUUGAUAUUUUGCAUAGAAGAUCGUUAUAUGUGUAUAUUUUUAUAAUAUUUAAUCACACAAACCAUAUUGUUUAUGAUUAUAUCUGGCUCAUGUGAAGAUAAAAUUAUACAUCAGCCAUAAUAUAUAUGUAAUUCUCACA